GCGUCCAUAACGACCUCUUUCCUUCUUUCCCAAUAUACCAAAACACCUACGCACUACCACUGAACUCGCAAUCAUGGCGAAUGCGCCGCGACCUAUCGCGUUCAGCGAGCACCUCCAGCUCAGCGCGCUGGGCAUCCAGCCGUCUAGCAUCUCCUUCCAGAACUUGACAAUGGAGAGUGACCAUUUUAUUUGCGUACGAGAGACCGUUGGAGAACAGAACCAAGUCGUCAUAAUCGACCUGUACGAUGCGAAUAAUGUUAUGCGACGCCCAAUCACGGCCGAUUCGGCCAUUAUGCAUCCAAGCCAGAAAAUCAUCGCGCUAAAAGCUGCGCGACAACUCCAAGUCUUCAAUAUCGAGACGAAGCAAAAAGUGAAGGCCCACGUCAUGCACGAAGAUGUCGUCUUCUGGGUAUGGAUCUCACCGACCAUGAUCGGUCUCGUGACGGAGACCACUGUGUACCACUGGUCUACUGCCGACGCUACAUCGCCUCCCCAGAAGGUCUUUGACCGGCAUGCCACCCUCGCCGGCGCGCAGAUCAUCAACUACCGCGUAUCAGCGGACGAAAAAUGGGUCGUGCUCGUCGGUAUUGCUGGAAACAGCAAUAACCCGGCUGCGUUCCGUGUGAAGGGCGCCAUGCAGCUAUACAAUCGUGACCGCAAUGUUAGCCAGCCUAUCGAGGGUCACGCAGCGUCGUUCGCCGAAAUCAAGCUUGAUGGCAACAGCACUCCUACGAAGCUGUUCACCUUCUCCGUCAGGACAGCUGCUGGUGCAAAGCUUCACAUCGUUGAAAUCGACCACCAAGCUCCGAACACCCCGUUCCAAAAGAAGGCCGUCGAUGUAUUCUUCCCGCCGGAGGCCGUGCACGAUUUCCCCGUCGCCAUGCAAGUCUCUCAGCGAUACGGCAUCAUUUAUCUUGUCACAAAAUACGGCUUUAUCCACCUCUACGACCUCGAGACAGCUGCUUGCGUGUACAUGAAUCGCAUUUCCGGCGAGACUAUCUUUGUCACUGCGGAGCAUGAAGCCACCAACGGUAUCAUCGGUGUGAACAGGAAGGGGCAGGUAUUGAGCGUUACUGUGGACGAGAACACCGUUAUUCCGUAUAUUCUCAGCACCCUCAACAACACCGAACUUGCUUUCAAGAUGGCAAGCCGCGCUAACCUACCGGGUGCCGAUGAUUUGUACCGCCAACAGUAUCAACACCUUUUCCAGACUGGCCAGUUCGGUGAGGCUGCUAAAAUCGCUGCCAAUUCACCAGGGGGCAUGCUCCGCACUCCUCAGACCAUCGAGCAGUUCAAGGCUGUUCCUGCUCAAGCAGGGACGCUCAGCCCCAUCCUCCAGUACUUCGGUAUCCUGCUGGAGAAGGGUGAGCUCAAUAAGUUCGAAUCCAUCGAGCUUGCUCGCCCCGUACUUCAGCAGGGUCGCAAGCAGCUCUUGGAAAAGUGGCUCAAGGAGAACAAACUCGAGUGCAGCGAGGAGCUUGGAGAUCUAGUCCGUCUCACCGACAUGACCCUGGCUCUGUCAGUGUACCUCCGGGCCAACGUCCCCAACAAGGUCAUUGCUUGCUUUGCCGAGACCGGCCAGUUCGACAAGAUUGUCCUCUAUGCGAAGAAAGUUGGCUACUCACCUGAUUAUGCUAGCUUGCUGCAGCACGUCAUGCGCACGAACCCCGAAAAGGGCGCGGAGUUUGCGGGCCAGUUGGUGAAUGACGAGAACGGGCCUUUGGUCGAUGUUGAGCGGGUUGUCGAUAUCUUCAUGUCCCAGAACAUGAUCCAGCCUGCCACGUCUUUCCUCUUGGAUGCCCUCAAGGACGACAAGCCCGAGCAGGGUCACCUGCAGACACGCCUGCUCGAGAUGAACCUGUUGAACGCUCCUCAGGUCGCCGACGCUAUCCUCGGAAACGACAUGUUCCACCACUACGAUAAACCGCGUAUCGCUAAUCUCUGUGAGAAGGCUGGCCUUCUACAGCGUGCUUUGGAUCUGUACGAAGAUCUCGCGGACAUCAAGCGUGUCAUCGUGCACACGAACGUCAUCCCAGCAGACUGGCUCGUCGCUUACUUCGGCAAGCUUACCGUGGACCAAUCCAUCGCCUGCCUGCAGGAGAUGCUUCGUGUCAACAUUCGCCAGAACCUCCCGGUUGCAGUUCAGAUCGCGACUAAGUAUUCUGAUCUUCUCGGCCCCAUCAAGCUUGUUGAACUGUUCGAGUCUUACAAAAGCUUCGAGGGUCUCUACUACUACCUGGGGUCUAUCGUCAACCUCAGCCAGGACUCGGAGAUCGUCUUCAAGUACAUUCAAGCCGCCACUCGCACUGGCCAAAUUCGCGAGGUCGAGCGUGUGUGCCGUGAGAGCAACUUCUACAAUCCGGAGAAGGUCAAGAACUUCCUCAAGGAGGCGAAGCUAACCGAUCAGCUUCCGCUCAUCAUCGUCUGCGAUCGUUUCGACUUUGUGCAUGACCUGGUUUUGUACCUGUAUCAGAAUGGGCAGACCAAGGCCAUCGAGACGUACGUACAACGUGUCAACUCGGCUCGCACACCCCAGGUUAUUGGUGCUUUGCUUGAUGUCGACUGUGACGAGACUGUGAUCAAAAGCUUGCUUGCUUCCGUUCCUGGCAACUUCCCCAUCGAUGAACUCGUGGAGGAGGUCGAGAAGAGGAACCGUCUCAAGCUGAUCCUUCCUUGGCUCGAGGCUCGCAUCCAAGGUGGCACCCAAGAGCCGGCGGUAUACAAUGCUAUUGCCAAGAUUUAUAUCGAUAGCAACAGCAACCCAAAGGCGUUCCUUACGGAGAAUAACAUUUAUGAUCCUCGUAUUGUCGGCAAGUACUGUGAAAAGCGCGAUCCCUACCUUGCAUACAUUGCAUACGCGAAGGGUUUCUGCGAUGAGGAGCUUAUUGCCAUCACGAACGAGAACGCCAUGUUCAGGGACCAGGCUCGCUACCUUGUCAAGCGCCGUCAACCAGAACUCUGGGCUCAAGUACUCUCGCCUGACAACAUUCAUCGCCGCCAGCUUAUCGACCAGAUCACCGCUACCGCUAUUCCGGAGUGCACGGACGCGGAGGAUGUAUCCGUGACUGUCAAGGCGUUCAUGUCGGCUGACCUCCCCAUCGAGCUCAUUGAGCUUCUCGAGAAGAUCAUCAUUGAGCCUUCGCCAUUCAGCGAUAAUAAAACUCUGCAGAACUUGCUCAUGCUGAUGGCUAUUCGCGCUGACAAGGGGAAGGUUAUCGGUUUCAUCAACAAGUUGGAUGGCUAUGACACCGAGGAGAUUCCCCGCCUUGCAAUUCAGCAUGGUUUGUACGAGGAGGCCCUCACGAUCUACAGGAAGUACAAUCAGCACGAGCUCGCCAUGAGUGUCCUUGUGGAGCACAUCGUCAGCCUUGACCGCGGUGUCGAAUUUGCGGUGAAGGUCAAUGAGCCCAAGGUCUGGAGCCGCCUUGCUAAGGCACAAUUGGAUGGCCUUCGCAUCAAGGAUGCGAUCGAUUCAUACAUCAAGGCCAAUGAUCCGUCGAACUUUGCCGAAGUCAUUGAAAUUGCUAACCGUGCUGGCAAGCAGGACGAUCUUGUGCGCUUCCUCCAGAUGGCUCGCAAGACCCUACGAGAGCCUAUGAUCGAUACCGAGCUCGCCUACGCAUACGCCAAAACCGACCGUCUUCACGAUAUGGAAGAGUUCCUGGGCAUGACCAACGUGGCUGAUAUCCUGCAAGUCGGCGAGAAGUGCUUCGAAGACGAGCUGUACCAAGCUGCCAAGCUGCUCUUCUCCAGCAUCUCUAAUUGGGCGCGUCUUGCCACCACUCUUAUUUAUCUUGGUGAAAACCAGGCGGCUGUUGAGAGUGCGCGCAAAGCUGGUAACACACAAGUCUGGAAGCAGGUGCAUGCUGCUUGUAUCGAGAAGGCAGAGUUCCGUCUGGCGCAGAUUUGCGGUCUCAACAUAAUCGUUCAUGCCGAAGAGCUUCCGGGUAUUCUUAAGACGUACGAACGCCGCGGUCAUUUCGACGAGGUCAUCAGCUUGCUCGAGGCUGGGUUGAGUCUUGAGCGCGCUCAUAUGGGUAUCUUCACGGAACUUGGCAUUUUGUACAGCAAGUAUCGGCCGGAGAAGCUCAUGGAGCACUUGAAGCUCUUCGUCUCCCGUAUCAACAUUCCAAAGGUUAUUCGUGCUGCGGAAAAGGCACAUCUCUGGCCCGAGCUCGUCUUCUUGUAUGUUAAGUACGACGAGUACGAUAAUGCUGCUCUGGCUAUGAUGGAGCGUUCGGCGGAUGCAUGGGAUCACAAUCAGUUCAAGGAAAUCAUUGUCAAGGCAGCCAACGUCGAGAUCUACUACAAGGCACUUACCUUUUACCUCAACGAGCAGCCUAUGCUCCUGACAGAUCUUCUGACGGUCCUCUCACCCCGUAUCGAUCACGCUCGUGUCGUCCGCAUGUUCCGUCACAAGGAUAAUGACAACGUCCCUAUCAUCCGACCGUAUCUGGUUGCUGUGCAGCACCUCAACAUUGAAGCUGUGAAUGAUGCAUACAAUGAUCUGUUGAUUGAGGAAGAGGAUUACAAGGUCCUGCGCGACUCCAUCGAUAGUUUCGACAAUUUCAAUAACAUCGAUCUGGCAUCACGGCUAGAAAAGCACGAUCUUCUUGAAUUCCGUCGCCUGGCCGCUCAUCUCUACAAGAAGAACAAGCGAUGGGAGGAUUCGAUCACCCUGUCGAAGCAGGACAAGCUGUUCAAAGAUGCUAUGGUGACUGCCGCCGUCUCUGGCUUAACAGAGGUCGCUGAAGACCUGCUGUCCUACUUCGUCGACAUUGGCAAUAAGGAAUGCUUCAGCUCGAUGCUCUACAUCUGCUUCGAUCUCCUACGAUCCGAUGUGGUUAUGGAGCUAUCAUGGCAGCACGGGCUGAACGAUUUCUAUAUGCCAUACCAGAUACAAUCACAGAGGCAGCUCGUCGCCAAGGUGCAGAAGUUGGAGAAGGAUGUUGCCGAGCGUAUGGCGAAGGACACCCAAAAGGAGCAACAAGAAGCGGAUGCUCCCAUCAUUGCACCUGGUCUGGGCCAGACUUUGAUGAUUACCCAAGGGACUGGCAUGCCUACCUCUUUGCCGGUAUACGGUAUGAAGGGCAUGAACGGCGCAAUACCACAGCAAGCGACCGGGUUCGGCGGGUUCUGAGCUCUUUAUAGUUUCUCUUGUCGUUUUCGUCUUGAAAUAUGAGCUGUCUCGCGCUGCUCGGCCCAUGUAAAUAUACCUACACGCGUGCUUGUAAUGACCAUUCCUUA